AUGGAGAACGCAUUGGCAUUGGUUCAUGAUGAUGCUGGAGUCUGGAGAGACCAAGAUGGUCAUGUGUGUAAUGAGAGAGGCCAGCGACUUGAUGGAGAGGGUAACAUCAUCAGGACGCUGGGUGACUACAAUAGGCCUGAGCAAUUCUAUGCAAAUCAGUCUGCGAUUCGCCAUCCCUUUCAUGGUCACUCUCAUGAGCACCCUAUGGAUCACAUCGAGAGGUUUGAGGACUUGUUAGAACCAGGUUCGCUGACUACCUGGGAGGAGACCAGGAAUGCUUUUCUGCACAAUUUCUAUGAUGAUGCCAGGUCUGAGGAACUGAGACUCAAAAUCUCAAUGUUUUCUCAAGGACCAACUGAAGCAUUCAAAGCUGCUUGGGUGAGAUUCAAGUCAUAUCAGAGAGAUUGCCCCCAUCAUGGUUUCGGUGAUGUUCAGCUGCUAGGUAGUUUCUUCAGAGGUGUUGAUUGGAGAUCUCAGAUGGCUCUUGAUGCUUCAAGCAAUGAGAACUUCAACACCAGAUACCCUGAAGACGCUGUUGUGCUUAUUGAGAACUUGGCAUCUAGCAAUAGUACCAAGAAUGCAGACUAUCAGCGAAAGAAGCAGGGUGGAAACAUGGAUGGAUCGCAGAUUGCUGAGGUGAAGGCUAAGCUUGACUCUGUGCAUAGCCUUCUAGUGGGUAAGAAGUCCGUCCGAUACGCUGCAGAGGUUAAAAAUUUCAAACCAGAUGAAGCACUUGAGGAAGAGGAUGUUAACUUCAUCAAUGGAGCUGGAUUUCAGGGUCAGAGAUUUGGUACUCAGCAAGGGAACAUGAAUUACAGUGGAAAUAAUCAGAGGAGUACCUUCACAGGUAAUCAGAACUCUUCUGGUUACAGCUCCAAACCUCAGUACCAGACAUCCUACUCCAACAACAGUUUUUCAAGGAACUAUGGUUCUCCUCCUACUCAAACUUCAGAUAAUGAGGUGAAGUCUAUGCUGGAACAGAUCUUGGAAGGUUGCCAAACUGCAGAGUCUGUAAAAAGGCAAGACGGAUUCUUUCCUGGGAAGACUGAUACCAAUCCUAGGCAUUACUACAGUGCCAUCUCGUUAAAAAGUGGUAAAAAGUUGACUUCUGUGCUGAAAAAGGGUAUUUCUGAGGAUGAAAUCGUGGACUUGGAAGAAUCUGAAGAAAAUUUCGAAGUUGCAGAGCCGGUGUCGAGCGACACCACAACCAGUGUCGCGCGUCACCAAUUGCAGAGCGAAGCUGAUAUUGCUCAAAGUCCGAAAUCUGCUGAGGAAAAGGUCUACACACCUAAGGUUCCUUACCCAAGGAGUCCUAGGAAGUCUAAGCAGGAGCUAGAUGAUGCUAGAUGCAAGGCUUUGAUGGAGAAGCUUGUGAUUGAGAUUCCUUUGGUUGAUGCUGUGAAGAUUGCUCCUACUCUCAAACACUAUGUGAAGAAGAUGGUGACUAAUAUUCUGAGUCAUGAGGAAAGAGUGAUGAUGAUUUCUGAACAGGUCAGUGCUGUGAUUCAGAAUAAGAUUCCAGAGAAACUCGCAGACCUAGGAAACUUUGUUUUGGACUGCUCUAUCUUCUCAGAGAGGUUCAAGAGUUCGCUGUGUGAUCUUGGUUCGAGUGUCAACCUCAUGCCACACUCUGUAGCUGUUAGCCUUGGGAUGACUGACUUUAAGCCAACUAAGAUCUCUUUGAUCCUAGCAGAUCGAUCUAAAAGAAUCCCAAUAGGUGUCUUGGAGGAUGUUCCGAUCAAAGUUGGUGAUUGCAUAAUUCCUACAGAUUUCGUGGUUCUGGAAUAUGGAGAGGAACCCAAAGAUCCUCUUAUCCUGGGAAGAUCGUUUUUAGCUACAGCUGGAGCGGUAAUUGAUGCCAAGCAUGGUAACCUUGAUCUCCACUUGGGAGAUACCAUCAUGACUUUCAAGAUGGAGAGGCUGAAGGAUUCAACCAUAGAUGGUCAGACAUUCCAAGUCAGUGCAAUACUUGAAGUGAUAGUUGGAGAUCAAAACGUGUUUGAUGCUGAGAAGGUGAGAGAUCAACCUGAGUUGAAGAAAACGUCUACAGAACCAGUGACUGCUGUUGAUCAGGAAGUUCAAAACAUCUCACUCUAUUCAUCUCCACCAAAGCAAAGGUCAAGGCCACACAAACACAGAUCCCACCCUGUUGCUAUUCCUGUAUUCCUUGGACGACCUCAUGCACACAACGCUUACACACCACCAUGGAUGAGACGACUUUCACAGAGGCAUUCUUUGCCACUGACUGAUCCACCAGAUGCAUAGCCCAUCCAUCAAGUCAAGCUAAUGACUUAAAACAAGCGCUUGGUGGAAGGUAAUCCACUGGUAAGUCUGUACAUAAGUCUUUUUGUUUCUUUUGAUUUUUAUUUUCUGUUUUUGUGUUUUAGGUGUAACAGAUACGAAGUGGUUAGUGUCGAGCGACAUCACCAUCAGUGUCGGUCGACACCAGUCAAAAAAAAAAAAUAAAAUUUAGGAAAUCAGGGAACCGGAGUCAAACCAGAAAUUCGGAUUGGUCUGCUGCAAUUUGGUACGAGAAGAACAAGUGUCGCACGACACCAUCAUCAGUGUCGCUUGACACCAUCAUUGCAGCCAGUGCCGGUGUGGAGACACAAGAUUUGAUUAUUGUAUGCUGGGGGUCAUGACUGGAAGAAAAGAUGAUCUUCAUCGCUUGGUGGUUGAAGUAAAUCAUAUAAAUGUCUGUGUGACCAAUGGUUUUCCAUGCUUUAUUAGCAUGAUGUGGUUUCUAUGCCUUGUUAGCAUUAUGAUCCGGUGCGCAUGAAAUUGCUUGUGUGCUUGUAGAGCUCUGCUUGUUACAUGUUUAGUUUUAGGCUUCGCAUCUUGGAAAUAGAUGGAUAAAUGUAGUGAAAGUGUGGGUUUGGUCCUCACUGAGUAAUUUCCCAACAGCUCACCCUUCAUUCUUAAUUUCAGGUGAGUAUGAAGAUUACGCUCUCGAAGGAUACAAGGAGUAGUCCCUAGUGGUGUGCUGAUUUGGAAGGGUUUUUCUGAAGUUUUAUUUGAAUUUCAGUUAUUUCUUUUAAAGACUAGAAUUGCAUUUGCUUCGGUUUAUUUAAAAAUUAAGUUAUGGAUUUUAUUUGCAAGACUUUGAAUGUAUUAAUGGAGUAAAAGUAUUAUUCGGAUUUGGUAAAUGUGGUAAACCGAUAUGAAAUCGAGGGUGUUUAGGCCGGUUCGUCUGGUAGAUGGGUCGGGUGUUUAGGCUGGUUCGUCUGGUAGAUGGGUCGGGUGUUCACACAGUGGUAUCAGGAAAAGUAGUUCUAGGAUUAAUAGUAAAAAAAAACGGUUUUCUGAAUUUCGAAUUAAAAAAAAACUUUGUGGAUUUUUUAAAGUUCUACAAAAUCACCACCUAGAAUGUUUUUUUCAUUAUGUGAUGAUUUUAUUCGUAGGAAGAUUAGUCUAGACGGGACCGGGUCGACAUGCUUGCUGAUUCUCUUAUUAUUCUAUUUUCAGAUGCCUCUGAAAGCCAAAAAAGGUCCAGUCCAUGCUGUAAUUCCACCAGUGAACCAGGAUGAAGUCAAUUCACCUCAAGGAAGUGUAAAUGAGAGUUGGAACAAUGUGCUUGAUGAAAACCACAAUGGGGCGAACCCUGCUCAGGUAACAGCUAAAGCUCAUGCUGCAUUGUUGGAAGAGUUGCGUCGUUACCAGGAAAUGUUUGGUAACUUUCAGAAUGAGCGUAACCCGCUAGUGGAUGUUCAGCAGAAGAAUGUACCACCUCCUGCGCCUGCUCAUUAUUAGUUUGUGCCGUCUACAGCGUAUGAUCAGCAGCAAUUGGUGCUGCCACCAGUGGAUGUGCAACAACAGUAUGCACCUCCACCGCUUCAUCAACAGAUUGUGCCACCAUCGCCUCCAGUGCAGCCUAAUGCGUUUGGACUAACAUAUUAUGAGGCAAUAAGGCACUUGAAAGACAUGAACAUAGAAUCAUUUGGGGGAAAGUUUGACCCUGUCACUGCUGACAAUUGGAGGAAGAAGUUGGAAAAGAAUUUUGAGUGCAUGAGAUGCCCAAAAGGUUAUCGAAGGGAGUUAGCGGAUCAGAACUUGAGAGACGAGGUGCUGGUUUGGUUGAAAGGUGUGGUAGAAGGAGUCCAUGGACACUAUGAGCUGACAUGAGAUGACUUCAAGGAUGAAUUUUCUCGUGAGUAUUUUUCACCAGAGGCAAUGGACCAUAUAGAAAGUGCUUUUGAGGAUUUGCGCCAAGGAAAUAUUAGUGUGAGAGAGUACAAGGAGAAAUUCAACAGAUUAAAGAGAUUCUCAAGGAAGAGUUUCACUCAGGCUGAUUAGGUUUGUCAGUUCAUGAAAGAUUUGAGGUUGGAGCUGAAGAAUCGUUGUUCGAUCAAGAAGUACUCAAGCUUGGUGGAGUUAGUGGAAACAGCUGCUAUUCAGGAAGUUGGUAUUGAAGAAGAGCUGAAGAAGACCAGGAGCAUUCAGGCUCGUGCUACUCGUGUUCAGGAGACACGAAAGAGGACUUGGAUUGACAUGUCUGGAAGCAUUCCUUCCGAGAACGCUCGAAUGUGUAACCGCUGUGAAAAGAAACACUUUGGAUGUUGUAGAGUAAUCAGAUUCUUUGGGUGUUGAAGAGGUGGACACCUCCAGAAGGAUUGAUGUGCUAUUGGAAAGGGCGAUCAGUGUCACCGGUGUGGAAAGCAUGAACAUUAUGCCAAGGUGUGCAAGGUGUUUCCGCUCAAUCAACUGGCCCCACAGCCUAUCAAGGAUCGUUACCAGCACCACCGGCUAAGAGGCAAGCUGUAGGACUAUAUGUGUAUGCGCUUGCUGAGAAUGAAGGAGCAGCACCAAUAGUUGGUACGUAAAUGAAUUAAUUUAAUUUAAAAAAGCUGGUCGUGAUGCUUGUGAAUUUGUGUAAAAUAGAAAUUGCAUACUUAGACAUCAAUAUAAAAAUUAUAUAGGAUCUGUCUCCAUAGGGGGAGCGAUAGCUUACACUUUGUUUGACACUGGUGCUAUGCAUAGUUUCGUUAGCCCGAUGUUGACUAAGUGUUGGACUUUUACUGGAAAGUUCAUACCAAAGUUGAAAGCAAUUGAGACUGUCGGGACCAAACAAGUGAGGUUUAUUGGUGUGCAUGAGGAUGUAGCAGUUCUGCUAGAAGGAGCAGAGUUUCUAGAAUUUAAUGGAGAUGAAGUUGAGCCAAUAUGACGUAAUUCUCGGAAUGGACUGGCUGACGCACUACCAAGUCAUUAUGGACAGUAAGAAGACGCGAGCCUAUAUACCACGACCAGAAGAAAUGUUAACGUUCCAAGGAAUUAAGACGGACACUGGUGUGUCGAUAAUCUCGAUGAUUAAUGCCACAGAUUUAAUGGAGAAAGGAUGUGAGGCGUAUCUAACGGCGAAAUCCAUGACCGGAGAAGGAGAGAUGGAGAGAUUAGAAGAUAUACCAGUAGCCAACAAGUACGCACACCUAUUUGAACUGUUGACUAGACCGCCACCGUCAUGAGGAGAUGAUUUCACUAUCAAGGUAGAACCAGGGACGGCCCCUAUUUUGAAGGCUGCAUAUCGGUUAGCACCAGUUGAAAUGGUAGAAUUGAAGAAGCAAUUGGAAGACCUUACGGACAAAGCUUUUAUCUCACCAAGCAGUUCACCAUGGAGAGCAUCACUGUUAUUCGUAAAGAAGAAAGAUGAGAGUUUUCAUUUUUGUAUCGAUUAUGGAAGAUUGAAUAAAGUGACAAUUAAGAACAAGUAUCCGUUACCACGAAUCGAUGAGUUGUUGGAUAAACUGCAAAGAGCAUCGUGGUUUUUGAAAGUUGAUUUAGCAUCAGGCUACCAUCAAAUUCAGAUAGCUGAAGAGGACAUAAAGAAAAUGGCAUUCCGAACCCGUUAAGGACACUUCAAGUUUAUUGUGAUACCGUUUGGAUUGACGAAUGUGCCUGUGCAUUUAUGAAAUUGAUGGACAAUCUUUUUUGAAUAUACUUGGACAAGUGUGUGAUUGUUUUCAUUGAUGAUAUUUUGGUUACUCGAGAAAUGAAAGGGAGCAUGCUUGACAUCUGUAAUUAGUGCUUCAGGAUCAGCUCUUCCCUUAAUUAAGCAAGUGUAGCUUUUGGCAGAAGAAAAUAGGAUUUCUCGGUCAUGUUAUUUCAGAAGAAGGAGUAGCAGCGGAUCUGGAAAAGAUUGAUGCUGUGACAGAAUGGCCUAUUCCUAAAAGUGUUACUGAGGUCCAUAGAUUUUUGGGACUAGCCGGAUAUUACUGUUGGUUUGUAUCAGAUUUUGCGAGUUUGUCAAAGCCAUUGUUGAGUUUGGUUAAGAAAGAUGAAAAAUUUGAAUGGAUUGAGGCUCGAAGUUAAAAGUUUUGAGGAGAUGAAGAAGUGUUUGACCAAAACUCCAGUAUAUGUACUUCCAAGGACAGUAAUACCGUAUGAGGUCUAAACUGAUGCAUGUGGAACGAGUAUAGAUGGCGCAAUUAUGCAAGAAAGAAAAGUCAUAGCAUAUGCCUCGAGACAGUUGCGGAAGCACGACCCACUCAUGAUUUGGAGUUAGCAGCAGUUGUGUUCGCUUUAAAAAUCUGGCACACCUAUUUGUACGGGGAGAAGGUGCAAAUAUACACGGAUCACCAGAGCUUGAAAUGUGUUUUCACCCAAAGUGAUUUGAAAUUGAGGCAGCGAAGAGGGAUGAAAUUGUUGGCAGAUUAUGAUCUGGAUAUUGCCUACCGCCUGGGAAAGGUUAAUCAAGUGUCAGAUGCUUUGAACCAACGCAUAAGCUAUAUCGCUAAGAAAAAGGAAAUGGAGAAUCUAACUGCGACCUUAGCGAGUCAUCAGUUGUGUGUGAUGGAAGGGGAAGAAAAUUUCAUGGAGCUAGAAGCUUUAGAAAAUGCGGAUCUACUGCAGAAAAUUUGAUAGGAACACGGAAAGGAUGACGCUUUGAAAAAAAUGGUCGAGAAACAGGUGAUUGGAUACCACACAUCGAAUAAUUAAGCUUAUAUGUAUAAGAAUCGAGUUUGUAUUCCGAACAACGAGGAGUUGAGAAAAGAAGUGUUGAGCCAGGCUCAUAAUUCAAAAAUUUUCAUUCAUCCGAAAAAUACCAAGAUGUAUCACGACCUGAACAGAUACUAUAAUUAGGGAAGAAUGAAAAGGGACAUAGAAAAAUGGAUCUUGUAAUAUGCAAUGUGUAAGCAAGUAAAAGCGGAACGCAUGGCACCUAGUGGAUUACUUCAGAUUUUACCAUUACCAGAAUAGAAAUGGGACAUUGUAACCAUGGAUUUUGUGACAGGUAUACCGAUGAUAUUGGAUAAAAAAAUGCAAUUUGGGUAAUUGUGGACUGUCUUACUAAGUCUGCUCAUUUCGUGCCAAUACGGAAAACUGCUGGAGCAUAAAAUUUGGCACAAAAAUAUUUGAACCUGAUUGUGAGACUACAUGGAGUUAUGGUCAGCAUUAUGUCAGACCGGGAUGCGAAAUUCACAGCUUCGUUUUAGAAAGGGUUUCAGAAAACGUUGGAAACGAAAGUGCAUCUGAGUACGGUUUUUCAUCUUUAAAUCAAUGGAAAAUCAGAAAAGAUAAUUCAGACUUUUGGAAGACUUAUUGAGAUCUUGUGUUCUGGACUGGGAAGAAAAUUGGGGGAAGUAUCUUCCGUUGGCGGAAUUUUCCUACAAUAACAGUUAUCAUUCUAGCAUCAGAAUGGCUCCGUAUGAAGCACUGUAUGGAAGACCGUGCCGUAGGCCACUCUGUUAGACAACCGUGGGGGGGGGAUUGAGAGAAAUGGGUCCUGAUUUGUUAAAGGAUGCCGCUGAGAAAGUGAAAUUGCUUAAGUCAAGGUUGAAAGAGGCUCAUGACCGCCAGAAAAGUUAUGGAGACAUGCGUCGGAGAGAUUUGUCAUUUGAAGUGGGAGAUGUAUUGUAUCUGAAACUGAGCCUUUAGAGGAAAUGAAAGGCCCCAGAAGCUGCAAAAGAUUAAGCCGAGGUAUAUGGGACCCUACCCCAUAGUCGAAAGAAUUGGUGAAGUAGCAUAUCGACUCCAGCUGCCUCAAGAGUUAUAUGAACUUCAUGUUGUAUUCCACAUUUCGCUACACAUUUCGCUACUUAGAAAGUUAGUAUGUAACCAGAGUCCAUUCUGCCUAACCCACCAAUCAACCUGGAAGUGAAUCUAACAGUUCUAAGUAAGCCGUCUAAGAUUUUGGAAUUCGGAGAGAAUAAGAUUGAUGGUAAGAAGACCAAAAUGGUGAAAGUCAGUUGAGAAAGAGAUGAUAUUCGCGAGGAGACAUGGGAACGGGAGCAUCAGAUGAGAAACAAGUACCCUGAACUCUUUCAGGACGGAAUGGAAACAUAUGAGGAGGGACUGAAUUCGGUUACAAAUUCUUUCCAAUAGGGGAAGAGUUGUAACAUCCCCAAUUCUCAGGCCCAGCAGCCAGCCCGCCCCAGCAACCCCUCCUCUCUCCCUAUAAAUAGAGAGCAUCCCUCUCACUUUUCCCCUCAUCAUCAUUUACAGCCACACAGAGAAAAGAGAGAGAAAGAGAGAGAGAGAGAGAGAGAGAGAGAGGGAGAGAGAGAGAGAGAAAGAGAGACAGAGUUCUGAGAGACAGAGAUUCCCUCUGCUCUCAGCCGCCGCCGCUGAUCCGUCGCCAUCAUGCUGCCAACCGCCGACGUUGCGCUGCCGCCGCUGUCCGCUGUCGGAGAGAGAAAAAGUCACUGAGAAUCCCAACCUUCUUGUUGAAUUUUUGAUUCUUUCGUCACGCACUCUCCUUGCUCCAGGUCUGCAAAAAUGUCAAGAGUAGUUCGAACGAGGUGAUCGACCUGUGCGGAGACAUAGGGUUCGACUAUAUUAUACUGCGGGUCAUGCCUGGAAGAAAAGAUGAUCUUCAUCGCUUGGUGGUUGAGGCAAACCACAUAAAUGUCUGUGUGACCAAUGGUUUUUCAUGCUUCGUUAGCAUGAUGUGGUUUUCCAUAUGUCGUUAGCAUGAUGUGGUUUUCCAUGCUUCAUAUAUAUAGCCUAUGAGAAGAGAGCUUUGACAGGAAUCCACAAUUAAUUUGCGUGUUAAUGACGCUUUAACUGGCCAUGAUUUUUGGCAAGAUUUUAGCAAUUGAUCAUUGACUGUUGACU